AACACCAAUACUACAAGAAAUCGCAUUGUCUGCAAAUUUCCGAAAAAUUGCCAUUAUCAAUAUGUUCUGGUUUUAUUUCUUCCUCGCCCUGAGUUCGUGCGCUGUUAUACGCUGUGAAGAUGAAGGAAACGAUCAGGGAACUGUUAUUGGGGAAGAAAUGAUAAAAGCGAUUCAAGAUAAAAUGGACAAAUUGGACUUCUUAGUUAAGAUACUCAAGACCCUUUUUAAUUUUAGCCUAGAACCUGAACAAGAGGCAGCAAGAUCUGACAACUGUCUGCCUCCUGGAUCUGAAUGCAAUGCUUUUUCCGGUCCGAACUGCUGCGGAGUUCGAACCAGGUGUUACAUAUUUGAUACUCAAGUAGCCACUCGUCGUGGACCAGCAAAAUGGAUUUCCAGGUGCAAGGAUUAUCCUUUAGGAGUAUUACUUGAUAACAUAUCCGGAUAACAAGUGGAUCCAUUUAUUAACUAUGAACACUUCGU